AUGUCUACUACCAGCAUCAAAUUUGUCGAAUAUUACGUGUCUUUAUGGAUUAAAUUUGUAAUUGUGAAAGUUAGUGAAUAAGUUAUUCAAUUAAUUGAAGCUUGAUAUUAUAAUAAAUAUCUUAAAUAAUAAGGUGAAGUGAAAAACGUUAUAAUAAAGAAUAAACAAUACCGGGGCGUAUCCCAAAAAGUGACAGACAAAUCCUAGUGUGUUCAUGUUCAUCUAUUUUAUAAAAUAAUACAUAAGUUAUUAAUUUUUUUACAUUAGAAAAAAAAUAUAUUCAUAGAAUAAUUAUUGAUAUAAAAAUCCAUGAUAUCUUGAGUAAUUUUUCGAUUAAUUGGGAAUAAAGUUGUGAUCAAUUGCUUUAAAAACAAAGAAAUGAUUGAUUUUUAAAUGUAAUGAAAGAUGAAUUUAUUAAAUUUCCACUAAUAAAUAAAAAGACUUUUUGUGAUUUCAAGAAUUAAAUUAUUCAAACGAAGUAAAAAGUCAAAUAAAUCACACAAUUUUGUUAAAUUAAGAGCAGGAGAGAGUAAGUAAAUUGGCCAAUGUGUGACUCAGCGGACGCUUACGUCCAAAAACUUAGUUAUCUCCAUCUAAAUGAUGAUGGAGAACGUGGAGGUAUUGGGAGAAGUAGCCCAGGACAUGGGAUAAGUUCAAAACCAGAGGCUCAAGUGCCUGUACCAAAUGAUCAAACAAAACAACAUCAUUACCGUCAGCCUUAUCAUCAAUAUAGAGAUACUAGAACUCACAGAUCAGUUGGAGCUAUUGAAAGCUUCAUAGAUGACCGUGAUAUAGCAGCUUCUGCUGCUGAAUAUAAGCUUUAUGAACGAGAAAAUAUUGUUGCAGCUUCAAGACUUCCAGUACCAAAGGUAGAACAGCUUGAUAUUCAUGACCAGAAUCAAAGUCAUGCUCCAGUUUAUGAGAAUAUUGAGUACUAUCCUUCUCAAGGAUCAACUCAUCCUCCAUACUAUCAUUCAUUAGAUAAAAAAAGUCCAAAAGGAAGUCCCAGAGCAUCUUUGGCAGGUGAUUGUUAUGAAGCAUCAUUCAGAAAAGCUCAGCCUCAAGUACCUACUGGCACAAAAUAUCAAACCACUUCAUCUACUAAAGAAUUGCCUCCCUAUGAAGCUCCACCUGUGUAUGAAAACAUUCAAGAAAUGAAUUACCAUGAUGGAGAUGCUCAAAAUAAACCUGGGCCUCAAGUUUCUAAUUACUAUCAUCCAACUAACAUUAAUGGUGGCGAUUAUGUCGUGAUGACUGGAAAGGUACAACCACAACGACCAACACGAAUUCAAUCGUAUGAUGUUGCUUGUCUGAGUAACAAUUCAUCAUCAAGGUAUUUAGGAUCAUCAAGUGUAUCAGCGGAUCUCCAAGCAUCUCGAAGUGCUUAUGUUCCACCAUCAGAGCUCCAACAACAGCAGCUAUCAUCAAAUUCUCCGCGAACACUCAACACUUAUCACAAUGAAUCAUCGCCAAUGCGGUUACCUGCUGAGUCACAUUAUCGUAGUAACAUGACUAAUGAUUUGCCACAUGCAGGCCAUGCUUAUAGAUCUCUCAGUCAAUCUGAUGCUUCAGUUCAAUAUCGUAGCGAAAAUGGACAAUUCAAACAUUCCUAUCCUACUGAACCAACUCGACAUUCCCCAGUUUAUAAUACGAGACCCGGAGACUUUACAUCUGGCAGAAAUCCUCAAGGAUACUCAUCAAGAAACACUCUCUCCAAUAGCUGGAAUCAGAAUGACAGAAACUUCAAUUCACCUUCUGGAGAACGCCGUGGUGAUUACUCACCUCGAAAUACUGGACUUUAUUCACCAAAUCGAUCAAUAAGUGGUGGACUCCAGCAGAACGAGAAAGCUCCUGAUGGUCAUGAGUCUCCAUCAUCAUCAAGUAGGAGCUCCCCUCUAUAUGCGAUUCCUCAUGCAGGCAGAGAGCAUUCUAGAAGCAGAGAAAGUACCAAAAUUAGUCCAACUCAUUCUUCAUCAAGCCCUCUAAGCCAGAAUCUACCUGCAGCUGUUUCUAGACAGCCUUCUGGAGGUUUUCCUUCAAAUUCUUUAGGAUGCCCUACUUCUCCAGUUCGUGGACAAGUUCAAGCUGCUGUUUCGAGUGCCGCAAUGACUGGUGAUGACCAAAGCUUAUCAUUAACUACACCUAAAAUUACCAGUUUACCACCUGGAGUUACCAGUGGUGUUGCUGGACCAGUAUAUCUGAAUGCUGGAGUUCCAGUUCUUCAGAAACCUCAACUAGAGCUUAAUGAUGACAUCAAACGCACUGUAAGCCCCACUGCUAAACCUAUUGCAGGAAAAGGGUUAUUACCUUAUAAUGUCACACCACCUAGACCUUCCGGACCUACCGAAGCUGAGAGAAAAAUUGAGGAAUUAACAAGACAACUUGAAGAAGAAAUGGAGAAACAAGAGGAAGAGGGGGAAUACUUUGGAAUUUGCCAUACUUGUGGAGAGAAAGUUACAGGAGCCGGACAAGCUUGUCAAGCCAUGGGAAACCUUUAUCACACCAAUUGUUUUAUUUGUUGUUCUUGCGGAAGAGCUCUACGAGGCAAAGCUUUUUAUAAUGUUCAUGGAAAAGUUUACUGUGAAGAAGAUUACUUGUACUCUGGAUUCCAACAGACUGCUGAAAAGUGUGCCAUUUGUGGUCACCUUAUAAUGGAAAUGAUUCUCCAAGCUAUGGGAAAAUCUUACCAUCCCGGAUGCUUUAGAUGUUGCGUUUGUAACGAAUGUCUUGACGGAGUUCCUUUUACUGUCGACGUUGAUAAUAAAAUUUAUUGCGUUAAUGAUUAUCACAGAAUGUUCGCACCAAAAUGUGCAUCAUGUGGUAAAGGAAUUACUCCAGUUGAGGGUACAGAAGAAACGGUCAGAGUUGUAUCAAUGGAUCGAGAUUUUCAUGUUGAUUGCUACAUAUGUGAAGAUUGUGGUAUGCAAUUGACUGAUGAACCAGAUAAACGUUGUUAUCCUUUAGAUGGACGAUUAAUGUGUCGCUCAUGUCACAUUGAACGUAUUUCACAUACUCAACCACGUGUUCCACAGCCGGUUUCAGCAACUUAUCAGUACAUGGGCUAAAAAUUCAUCCAAAAAUCCAUUUAUUCUCUCUUAUGACAUUUCAUCAAUUUUACUUAAUCAAAUAAUCUAAUUAUCAAUACCUAAAUAAUCGAAAUUGUUUUAGAAAAUUAAUUAAUAUUGCCAUGUACUGAUAGUAUGUGAAUUAAAAAUAUGAUCUGAAGUGUAGAUAUACCUAUAUAAAAAUAAUCAUACAAUAAUAAUAAUAAUUACUACUUCAUUAUAAUAAAUAGUAAUUGUUUUUAUUAUAAAUAUAAUGAAUUUUACAAUAGCAUUGAACUAAUUCUGCAAGUAGUUUGAAUUUUUAUUUUUCAAUAAAUAUUAACUAUAGACUAUCUAUCAUAUUUAUACGCACAAAUGUAUUUAUUAAAUUACUGUUUACUGUUAACUGUUUUAAUUUCCGACAAAGAUAGGGUUGCGGAGACAACUGUGAUACGAUAGCAUAAUUGACAUUGAAUUAAUUAGUUUGUCUAUUACUUGAUAAACCAAUCAUGACAACAAAUAUUAUAAUUGUAAUCGUUAUUAUUAUAUAGAAAUGAUAAACUAUUGUGUAUUAGUUUAAAAUUCAAACUGCGUUUUAUUUUUAAAUACGUUAUACAUAUUUUGAAUUAAUAAUUUGUUAAUUAUUAAUUGACAUAAAGAUCUGAUGUACUUGUGUUAAUAAGUAAUAUUAAUAACUAUCAUCAUUCCUGCAUUCUGAGUAGCAUAAGUAAUCGAAUUACUUGCAUUUAUCAGUAGAUAAUAAUUGCGAUACGAAAUUAAUAUCGCUCUAGUUGUAUUUUAAUAGUCGAGAAGUGUUUUAAUUGUUGAGGGUAACAUUUUGAAUCAAAUGAAAUAAUGUUUUAGUGAAUUAGACAAAUUUAAGAAUACACAAAUACGUAAGAAGACCAUUGAGACCAAAAUAUAAACAUGGAAAUAAAAGACAUCAACAUUUUA